AUGUCACAACAAGAACUUCAUGACGAUCCAAAGAAUGCUAGUGGUGAUUCUGAUAUUGGUCGAGCUGUUGCUUGGGCAUUUGCACGUGAAGGUGCAACAAUUGUUAUUUCAUAUUUAAAUGAACAUGAAGAUACAAAAGAAAUUCAACAAGCUAUUAGUAAAAUUGGCCGAGAAUGUAUUGUAGUGAUAAGUCAAAUAUUAACAGGAUAA